AGUUUUAUCAAAGCGCCUUUAUUAAUAAUUACUCCUUGUUAUUCUGUCAACAACAUUCAUAUAAACAAAUUAUCAACGGAGGAGAAGAAGAAGCUGCUUUCCCAACACUCUCUCCUCUUACCUCUUCUCCAUAUCAAAUCAAAGCGUGUUGAUCUCUCUCCCUCUCCCUCUCCCUCUCCCUCUCCCUCUCUCUCUCUCAAUCUCUCCCAUAUAAAUAUGAAUAUAAUUGAGAGAUCAUGAUUUCAAUUACACGCCUUCUCUUCUCGCGUGUACUCUUUAAUCUUAACUAAUUUAAUUAACAUAUCCAUAACAUCUCCAUCUUUUUAAUAUCUAAUUCAAUGAAGAAUUCAUCCUAAAUUACCGCUCCUUUUUAUCCUUUCAUCAUCUAACCUAUUGAAUUGAUCAUACAAUUAUCACAUAGAUAGAUAUUUAGGAGCUCCCGAUCAAGCUUUAAUGGCGGUUCCGUCCGUUGCAAUCUACGCCACCUCACCAACAAGUAUUCAUUCAAUUAAUUCACACACUUGCUCUGAUUUCGACCGAUCUUCAACCUCGCAAAAACAAUUCUCCGGCGGCCUUUCCCGCCUCUUCUCAUCGCCGCCGGUCAAACACACGUUCAUCUCCGACGAGCGAGAUUUGAGUCCUGUCUCGGUUUUUCACGGUCCGGCAUCGUUGCGGAGCUCCAGUCCCCCUUCCAGAUUUUUGAAAGACACUGGGGACUUUAACGGAUCGUUUCGGGUCGGGUCGGCGAACGGGUUGUUUAAUCGGUUUGUUGCGCAUGCCGUGGGCUCGUGUGUUAGUUAUGAUGACGUGGAUCAGCUUCCUUUUGAUAUGGAUGAUAGUUUUGGGGCAUCUAAUUAUGCCAGGGAUUUAUUAGCUAAUGCUCAAUUAAGACACAAGAUUUUCACUGAUCAUCUGGUGAUCAAGGCUUUUAAUGAAGCUGAGAGAGCUCAUAGAGGCCAGAUGAGAGCAAGUGGUGAUCCUUAUCUGCAGCACUGCGUCGAAACUGCAGUUUUGCUUGCUAUAAUAGGUGCCAAUUCCACAGUAGUUGCUGCAGGCCUUCUACAUGACACACUUGAUGAUUCUUUCAUGACUUAUGACCAUAUUUUUGGGUCUUUUGGAUCUAGGGUAGCUGAUCUUGUUGAAGGGGUGUCUAAGUUAAGUCAACUGAGCAAGCUUGCUCGCGAAAGCAACACAGCAAAUAUAACCAUUGAGGCUGAUCGGCUUCAUACGAUGUUUCUUGCUAUGGCUGAUGCCAGAGCUGUACUCAUUAAAUUGGCUGAUAGAUUACAUAAUAUGAUGACGCUAGAUGCAUUACCAGUAACUAAGCAAAAGAGGUUUGCUAAAGAAACAUUGGAGAUAUUUGCUCCUCUUGCUAACCGCUUGGGAAUUUCUAGUUGGAAAGAGCAGCUUGAGAAUCUUUGUUUCAAGUAUCUAAAUCCGGGUCAGUAUGAAGAACUGUCGUCCCAACUUGUGAAAUCAUUUGACGAGGCAAAAAUCACUUACUCUGCUGAGAAGCUGGGCCAAGCUCUCAAGGAUGAAGGCAUUCCUUAUCAUGUUCUCUCAGGGAGGCACAAAAGCUUGUAUAGCAUCUACUGCAAAAUGUUGAAAAAGAAUCUCACAAUGGAUGAAGUUCAUGACAUAAAUGGGUUGCGAUUGAUUGUGGAAAAUGAACAGGACUGCUAUAAGUCAUUGCGAAUUGUGCACCAGUUAUGGUCUGAAGUACCUGGAAAGUUAAAAGACUAUAUUCAUCAGCCCAAGUGCAACGGGUAUCAGUCUCUACACACAGUAGUGUUGGGGGAGGAAAUGGUCCCGCUUGAGGUGCAGAUCAGAACAAAGGAAAUGCACUUGCAAGCGGAAUUUGGGUUUGCAGCUCAUUGGAGAUAUAAAGAAGGGGACUGUAAAUACUCUUCCUUUGUGCUCCAGAUGGUUGAAUGGGCGCGCUGGGUUGUCACAUGGCAAUGUGAGACAAUGGUCAAGGAUAGGUCCCCAAAUUCCUAUAAUGAGUUGGUGAAACCGCCAUGCACUUUCCCUAUUCAUUCUGAGGAUUGCCCUCAAAGCUUAAAACCGUGCUGUAUGGCUGACGGGCCUGUCUUUGUUAUCGUCAUUGAAAAUGAUAAGAUGUCAGUUCAAGAGUUUCCAGCCAAUUCAACUGUAAUGGAUUUGUUAGAAAGAGCUGGUAGAGGUAGUACUAGGUGGACUCCAUAUGAAUUUCCGGUCAAAGAAGAGCUGAGGCCAAAGCUAAAUCAUGAGCCGGUUAGUGAUCCUAGCUGCAAGCUAAAUAUGGGUGAUGUUGUCGAAUUAACCCCAACUAUCUCCGACAAGUCAUUAACAGUGUAUAGAGAAGAAAUUCAGCGGACUUACGAUAGAGGGAUUUCCACAUCAAGUGUGGCUUCUGACUCUACCCGCGUUGUUGGUUUGAGAAGUUGACUGUUGGCCCUUACUCUGUCAUUGUGUAUAUGAUAGCUAGUUAUAACUCCUGUAAAUAUGCUUAGGUCUUGUACUAUCUACAUACCAGUUUAUCUCUGUCAUGAAGACCAUUAAUUAAUUAGGUCAAGUGAUCUGAGAUUAGCAUUUCCCAGUUUUAGGUGUUAGAUGUUACUUGUAGUAGCGUGUUAUUAAUUAGGAAAGUUCCCUCAGGAAGGGAAAGUUUAAUUGCACUUGUUUCUUUU